GUGAGGAAACGAGGAAAGGGAUUUUGCAGCUGCUCUUCAUCGACUGUUGGUUUGGAUCCAUUCUGUGACGGGAGACGGCGUUUGAACAGUGCACACUACUGGAUCUCCGGUGGCCUGCCGGUGGCGCCAUCACUUCGAAAGGCUUUUCCACCGACUGUGGAUGCUUCAAACCAAAUCUCAUAACCGGGUCUCGUAGCUUUGAAAAAACCUGGAAAUACCUGGAAUUAUAGGACUACAUUAUCCCAAGCCCUUGCCAAGGGACCUACUAAUGGUGCCCAGGCACUGGAUCUGAAAGCUUUACAUUCCUCUUUACUUUUGAAUAUACCAACAGACCAAAAAAAAACAACAACAAAAACUAUAGCUUUAGAACUAGCGAUAGAUUACGGCCAUCCGCCUGCCAUUGCACCAAACCUGCUGUGACCGCAAGGGUUGUGACCUUUCUGGCGCCCACUUCAAACGGACACUUGAAAAGAAGGACGCAGUCAGAGAGGGCUUCCGAGCGGUGGCAACUGAAACCAAAAACCCCAUCAGGCCUGGAUGCGAUGAACGCCUCAUGUAGGCAUCAGCAUGGAAAGCUGUGAGUCUCCCGUGGUUUCGGGGACAGACGAUGGGCUUGGCUCCUCCACCACAUCCCAGCAGCAGCACCAUCCACAACCCUGGAACGAUCACCCUAACGCACAGGUCCCACCGUGUAACCAGUCCCCUUCCUUGGAGCCCCUGUCUCUCUCUGCACCCCACUCAGCCCAGCUCCAGAAUCCUAGCACAACCUGUGAGGCUGUAAGUGAACAGCAGCAGCAAACACUGUCACAGGCUGCCAGCGAUAAUUCCACUACCAGACGGCUGCACCCCAAAAGAGAGGGGUUAGAGGAGGAGGAGCAGGAAGGAGUGAGCUGUGGAGAAGAGGACGAAGACUUGGAAGAAUUGGAUGAAAUGGAGAUUGAUAGCUGUUUUCCUAGUCUGCAGCCCUUCCCUGGUGUGCCUAUGAUGCCAAGUGGAGGGGGCAUGCCCAUGCUCAUGCGGCAACAGCCCUCCCAUCGGAGGGGAGCCACUGAGAGUGGGAGCGAAGAAGAGGAGGAAGAGGAGAGUAGUGAUGUGGAAAACCUGGCUGGAGAGAUAGUCUACCAGCCUGAUGGCUCUGCCUACAUUGUGGAGAGUCUCAGCCAGCUGAUCCAAAGCGAUGGGAGCAUGGAACCAGGCCUGCUCCCUUCAAACUCUCUCCCCAGUGGGGGAAAACCAGGGGAACCUGCGGGGACCUCUUCUUCGGUGUACCCUCAGAUCAUCAACACGUUUCAUAUAGCCUCGUCUUUCGGAAAAUGGUUCGGCUCCUCAGACCAAGGUUUCCCCAAUACCUCAACCCUGGUAGGCUUCAGUCCUGUCCUGCACAGUUUCCGCGUCUUUGAUGUGCGGCACAAAAGCAACAAGGAUUACCUGAACAGUGACGGGUCUGCCAAGAAAUCCUGUGUAUCCAAAGAUGUUCCCAACAACGUGGAUUUCUCCAAAUUUGACGGCCUGGCCCUUUAUGGCAAAGGCAAGCCCAUCCUCAUGUGUUUCCUCUGCAAGUUGUCUUUCGGCUACGCACGCUCCUUUGUCACUCAUGCAGUCCAUGACCAUCGCAUGACCCUAUGUGAGGACGAGCGCAGGCUCUUAGGCCACAAGCAUGCAUCGGCGAUUAUACAGGGCAUUGGGAAAGACAAAGAACCACUCAUUAGCUUCCUAGAACCAAAAAAUAAAAACUCUCCUCCACCGCCAACCCUGGUACCCAUGAACUCAGGCCAGAGCUUCUACGGCAUGUUCAGUGGGGUUCAUUUAGAAGGGGGCAGCAGUAGUGAGGUAGGUGAUAACCUCCUCAAAAAAGACUCUGACUCGGGUCUCCAGCAACAAGCCCUCCUCAGGCUGGGGGGUUUUGGCAGCCCCAAAACCUCCCAUACCUCUACCCCAGGCCCAGCCAAAGACUCCAACACUCUGUCCAAGCAGGGUAGGAGAACAGAGGGGUCUGUGGUGAAAGAGGGGACUCAUAGAGGGGAGGAUGGGGAUGCAGAAACCUGUGAAAGAAAGGCUCUCCUUCACGGUGAGGAGAUGGCCUCAGAGGAAGAGGAUGAGCUUCUUUUAGAAGAAGAGGAUGAAGAGGUAGAGGAUGAAGUCACUACGGUGGCCUGUAGUGGAAAUAGCAGCAGCGGUGGCAGAUUUGUGGGGGAACUGGCUGUCUCAAACCAAAGCAUCUCCAAAUCUCCUUUAUUAAUGCCUAGUAGCGCUCUCCAGCCUUCUGCUUGUCUCUCUGCAGCCAGCCCUGCACUCAGCAGCAAAGCCUCUGCUUCCAUGUCCUCCUCUUCUGUCAGAGGGUCAGAGGAUUGGAUGGCUGCAGACAGUGGAGGGAGAACUUCAGGUCUCUCUCUGAGCUUUAACUGCCAGGGGUCUACAGUCCCCGCGGCAAUAGCCGGCAGAGGGGGCGAAGAGGAUGGGGCCGCAUGUUCCUCUGAGAGCACGUCCUCCCCUCUUGCGUCCAAUGCUGCUGCUGAGGAAAGUGCCAAUCGAGAUAGUGCCACUGCUCCUGAACCAAAUGAAUGCCCAGCAGAGGGAGAUGAGGACAACGGUGCCCUCUUCCACCACCACCACCACUUUCACCACCAUCACCCACACCCUUCACCUAAUGCUCACACGCACCUCCAUCACACAGCUGCUUGUGACAUGUCAGGAAUGAGUGAAUGCACCCAGAACCAUGGGGCUGGGGGCAGUGGAGGGAGUGGGGUGGAGUGCCCGAAGUGUGAUACUGUCCUAGGCUCCUCUCGUUCACUGGGUGGCCAUAUGACCAUGAUGCACUCACGGAAUUCGUGCAAGACACUGAAGUGUCCCAAGUGCAACUGGCACUACAAAUACCAGCAGACCUUGGAGGCCCACAUGAAGGAAAAGCACCCUGACUCUGGAAGCUCCUGUGCAUACUGCACCAGUGGACAGAGUCACCCUCGCCUUGCCCGUGGGGAGAGCUACACUUGUGGCUACAAGCCCUUCCGCUGUGAGGUCUGCAACUAUUCCACUACCACCAAAGGCAACCUAAGCAUUCAUAUGCAGUCUGACAAGCAUCUUAACAACAUGCAGACAUUACAAAAUGGAGGAACUAUUCCAACCGCUGGUGAACAGGUGUUUGGGCAUGCACCUGGAGGGGUGGUACCUGUUUCUUCUGCUACCCAGGCCAGCAGCCAUCAUCCUAGUCACCACCAUCAUCCAGCUCAGUCCUCCACCCACAUGGCAGGGCCCUGUGGUGCCCCUUCACCUACCAAGCCAAAAAGCAAGCCCACCUGGCGGUGUGAGGUGUGCGACUAUGAGACAAAUGUAGCACGUAACCUGCGCAUCCAUAUGACAAGCGAGAAACACAUGCACAACAUGAUGCUGCUUCAGCAGAACAUGACCCAAAUGCAGCAUGGCCGGCUUGGUCUAGGUGCCAUGCCUUCACCCUCAGAGGCUGAGCUGUACCAAUACUACUUGACCCAAAACAUGAGCCUGCCACCGGGCCUUAAGAUGGACCCAUCUGGAGCUGAUGCCCAGUUCUUGCUUGGAAGUUUUCAUCUGGACCCCAACAUGGCGGCUCUGGCCCCAGCACUAGUUGGAGGGGACAUUGCAAUGGAUGUACACCUGGGUGGGGGACAGCUGGUCUCAGAGGAGCUGAUGACCUUGGGUGAAAGCCUAUCCCAGACCAGCGACCCCUCCCUCAAACUCUUCCAGUGCGCUGUGUGCAACCGCUUCACUACCGACAACCUGGAAGUGCUUGGCCUGCACAUGAGCGCCGAGCGCUCGCUCCCAGAGGAGGAGUGGAGAGCGGUGGUGGGCGACUCACACCAGUGCAAGCUGUGCCACUACACCACACAGCUCAAGGCCAACUUUCAGCUGCAUUGCAAGACUGACAAACAUGUGCAGAAGUAUCAGCUGGUGGCACACAUCAAGGAGGGCGGCAAGGGCAAUGAGUGGCGCCUCAAGUGCGUGGCCAUUGGCAACCCUGUGCACCUCAAAUGCAAUGCCUGUGACUACUAUACCAACAGCCUGGAAAAACUGAGGAUGCACACGGUCAACUCCCGCCAUGAGGCCAGUCUCAAGCUGUACAAGCAUUUGCAGCAGCACGAGAACGCUGUGGAGGGCGAGUCGUGCUACUACCACUGUGUUCUGUGUAACUACUCCACCAAGGCCAAGUUGAACCUCAUCCAACAUGUCCGUUCCAUGAAGCACCAGCGCAGCGAAAGCCUGCGGAAGCUGCAGCGCCUACAGAAGGGCCUGUCCGAGGAAGAGGAGGAGUUGAGUGCCAUCUUCACCAUUCGUAAAUGUCCGUCUGCUGACACAGCUCUGUUGGGCUACUUCCCCAAGCAGAGCUUUCCUACACCCCAAUUUUCUCACCCCAGAGUUUCCAAAGACCCUGAGAACAACAAUGUGGAUUGA